GAUCCAUGCUCCACUCGUGAUCAACGGUCAUUCUGUUUCAAGUUCGCAACGAUAGUGAUGUUGGCAUCAGUUGUCCUUGUCUGCGGGUGGAGGGAGAACAUUUACGUAAGCUUAUCUUAACGACUUCUGCAUACAAUGUGAAGAAUUUCAAGUUCACGAUCAACUUUAUUCCCUUCUGUGGACGCGCAUAUAUCAUACGAUUGGCCUGAGACCUGAUGCCGAACAUACUGCAUGCUGAAAAGAUACCCUACGAUGAUGGUAGGAAAGUCAUAAGGAAUUACAUGCGACAAUAAACGAAUGAACAUACAGCUAAAAUGAACUUCAAUGAUGACCAUCUACGCUUUGAAUGGACACACAACAAAUCCAGAGCAUGAAACGAGUGCGAAAUCCAGAGUCUAUAGUGAUGCGAGGACCCGAGGUUGUUCCCGUUGCCUCGGCGAUACCAGGGACGGCGGAUAGUGUCGAGGUAUUAGCAGUCGGAGGCGGUUGCUGUGACGAUGAUAGUGUGCUUUGUGUUGUCGUGCUGUGUUGCUGCGUGUUACGAGUAUUGGAAGGUCGAGACGAGAUGGCGGCUGGUUUCUUUCUCGCGUGAUAGUUCCUCUGUACGAAAAGAGUCAAUGGUGAAGAAGAACGAGAAUGUAAAAAAUGUACAGGCUUUGCCCAUGUGCAAGGGACCUCGACCUCUCGCAACUGAAUGUCCGAUCCAUCUCGUCUGCGUAGUAUACCAGAUACUAGGUUUCGAAUCGAGCUGAGAGGUCGUGAUCGGGAUUGGAUGUCGCGCUCAUUUGCCCCAUGUGGC